CUUUUGCGGGCGCCGCAGCACUGCUCAGCCCAGUCAAUCAUCAGAGUGAACGCAAGAGAGGCAGAGCCUACCAGUCACCUUGUGACGAGCGCUACCGGCGAGACCCGUUACCGAGCACGCGGCAGCAGCCAUAGACACCACACCAAGCACUGGGUAGCACUGCCAAACGACGAGCCACCGCAAAAAAAAAAAAGGCCCUUCAACUUCCCGAGCUUCGGCCGCCGCACGUCCAGCAACAACACCUUCAGCACCCCCGCGACGAGCGAGCCCGCGACGCCCAUACCGCAAACGCAAACGCGGCGCGGCCUCCUGCAAAAACAAAAGGCCACGCUCCACUGGGCCGAGCGCUUCUGCUGGAUCGAGGCCGGCGAGUUUAGAUGGGCGGAACCGUCCCGAGACGACUCGCGGAUGCGAGGGAGAGAGCGGGGUGGUGUGAACUGCGCGGACAUCCACGAGGCGCGACGAAUUAAUGGAGAUAGUGAACGGCCGCACCAGUUUUCCGUGAGAACAGCACGGGGCACGGUCAAGUUCGCCGCGUCGACGCUAGCCGACGCGGCGGGAUGGGUCGCGGCGCUCAAGCCGCGAAGGGACGUCGCGUUAUUGAGAGAAAGGUGCUGGCAGUUCCCGGCGCGCUUAGUUAGGAGUGAAGAAGUCGUCGUGACGGCGACGGCUUCAGGUGGUGUGGUAUUGUCGAAGUAUGUUGGAAGAGGUGGUUUUCGGUUGCGCAUCGAUGGCAUCGGCGACGCGACGCCAGAAGAGAUCCACGUCGCGCCGGGUACUCUAAAAGCGUUGGGACUGGCGAAUGACGAUGAUACGGACCCGCUGUGCGUCGUGGCGGCCGGGUCCGCGCCAUGGUCAAGAGCCGAGCACGACGCGGGGAGCUGCUUGCUCGCGCUCGGGCCGGAUGGAAGGAGGGAGUGGAAGGCCAUGGUCGAGGACGUCGUCGCGGCGGAGGCGCCCUCAAGGGGAGAGAGCCACCCGUUCCUCGCGGUUCGUGAGCGGCGUCCUUGUUUUUUUUGAGAGGCGGCGUCGUCCGUCGGGUCGCGUCGACGGCGUGAUGGCGCGUCGAUGGCGUCACGGUGGCUACGCGUUGCGCCACGACGCCGUCGACGCGGGACUUAGGCAGAGCGCGCGUGUCACGCCAUCGCCGCGACGCGGAAAGGGGAGACCGAGCGACGCGAAACGCAGGGCUGGCGCGACGCGCCCGACGGCGCCGAGCUCUUCGCCGAGGGGUCCGACGCGCGGAAUGAAUUGAAGCGGCUCGAGGCGUGGUUGCAGACGACGGAGUUCCGGGUGAAGGUGGACGACGAGCGCUGGCGCUUCCCGACGCGCGCCGCGCCGCCCGCUUCUUCCCUGUUAGAGAGGCGCUUCGUCGUGGCGAUCACGUCCGGCGCGCAGAAAACAUUAGUGCCCUGCGCCGGCGGCGAAUCCACCAGAGAACUGUUAGAUGAGGUCCUCGAGAAGCUACGGGAUCGGAGCGAGCGACCUACAUCUAUCUCAAGAGCGGGGCCGCCGCCCUUGCCCCCGCGACCGCCUACCACAAGACCGCAGACCAUCCAGUACGAAACACCAGAAACGGUGGCCUUGCGACUGAAGAGCCGGAGGAGCUAUUUGCUGAGGUUGGACGCUCCGAUUGUGUCAAAUAGCGAUGUCGCGGACGCGCUGCGGGCGUCGGUCGCGCGAGUACCUACGGUAGAACUAGUCUUAGAACGAGAUUUGUCCGACAGGGACCAAUCCUUGUUAACAGCGCAACGAAAACGACUCGAAUCCACUCCCAUACUCUACGAGGACACGCUGCCGCCCAAAGAAGUAGCGCAAGCGAUAAGAUCGACGGAUGUGGAUAAGCUCGCGACCUUACCCGACGCCGUGCUGGAAACGUUCAUCCCGCAGUUGACCCAAGCUCUGAAACGAGGACAACCGUGUGACUUACUCACGAAAUUCCUACUGGAACGGGCGCUGACGAACCCGGUCUACGUCGGCUCGAGGUUGUUCUGGGCUUUGAGAUGUGAGAUGAGACAAGGAGGCGAAGUAGCAGGGAGGCAUGGUGCUAUCCUAGCCUGCUAUCUAGGAGCGUGCGGUUCUAGGUGUAGAGGCGACCUCGCGAAGCAGGUCGAGCUCGACAGAAUACUGGGAGACCUGACGACGACGGCGUCGGAGAUGGACGACCGACGAGCUAGGACGCAGUUCGCCCGGCAAAGGUUGAAGUCUUUGAGUCGAUCCGGGGAAUUACCAGCAGAUUUAGAUUUACCUUGUGCCCCGGGCCGACGAGUUGGCAGAAUCAGAGCCGACAGCGUCAAGGUCCUCUCGUCAAAGGCAGCACCCAUCCUCUUACACUUCGACGACGCCUCGGAUGAAGAAGGGUCACCGAUCCUCGCCAUCUACAAAGCGAGGGACGAUCUCAGACAAGAUGCGGCCAUGUUACAAGUGAUGCGCCAGAUGGAUAGGAUGUGGUUAGAUGCCGGCUUGGAAUGCUGGUUAAGAACCUAUUCGGUCUGUGCGACGCAACCCGAUAGCGGCUGGAUCGAGGUCGUGAGCGACGCGACCGAGACCGCGGAGGUCCAGCAGACGUACGGCGGCGGCGCUCUCGGUGGCGCCUUCCAGUCCAAUACAUUGAAUAGGUUCCUCGAAGAUAAAAAUAGGGAUGAUCCUCGAGCGUUCCCCGCGUGCGUCGAGCGGUUUGCCGCUUCUUGUGCGGCUUGUUGUGUGGCUACUUAUGCUCUUGGAGUGGCCGACAGACAUAACGGCAACAUCAUGCUGUCGACCGAUGGUAGGCUGUUCCACAUCGACUUUGGGCAUGUGCUCGGUCAUUUUAAGAGGAUAAGAGGCGUCGGCGCGCGUCGCGAACGGACCAAGUUAGUCUUAACCCCAGAAAUGAUGUUCCUCAUCAACAAAACGAAGGUCGUGGAAAAGAGCUUCAUCUUCGACGACGCGGGGACGUCCGACGCCAUGAAGCUCCACGACGGGUUUGCGGAACGGUGUCAAGCUCUACUGGACGUGUUGAACAGACCCGGGCACGUGGCUUUGUUAUUACAAACUCUCAAAGAGUUGGUGCCGGCGGGCCUACCGGAAAUUACGGACGAAUCCCUCGCGUGGCUGCCUCGAGCUGUGACGUCGUCGGAAUUGAAACCUGAGUUGAAAGCUGCACUGGCCGACUGGGUGAGACGCUUGGACAACGCGAACCAUAAUAGGGUUCAUCGGGAAAGCGGUUCGGUGCUCAAGCCGCGCGAGCGGCCCGCCUCCACUUUAAUGGAGGCGCACGUCGAGGUCGAGGAAUUGCGGACGCUGCUGUCGCGGGCGAACGCGCGCGCGGACGCGUUGCAACGGGACCUCGAUCAGCUGCGGGGCCUCGACGGGUCCUCCCGGCCCUCGGGGUCGCGCGUGCUCUAAGGGU